AUGCAAAACCAACAGCCUCCCCUUGUCAAAUCAGCCCCCAAACCUGCCAGCGACCCCGCUCAUGGUGCUGCCAUGAUAUUCCUGCAUGGUUUCGACGAUGAUGCUAUGGGCUGGGAGAACAUAGCCACGCAAUUCCACGACGGAAACAAGCUUCCUUACAUGCAAUGGGUCUUUCCAAAUGCACCACACAACUUGGACGCCAGGCAGAAUGCUUGGUACACUCCCUCUUCCUUGCAACCAGCGCCUCCUGGUCGUCCGGAGCUCGCUCCAGAUGAAGAUGAAGAGGGCCUAAGGAAGAGUGUCGCAUAUGUCGAAUCACUCAUUGACCAUCUUACGUCGAGAGGCAUACCGCCCAACCGCAUAGUCCUCGGAGGCUUCUCGCAAGGAUGUGCACUUGCAUUGCUUACUGAGUUGACUUCUCGCUAUGCCGGAAAGCUUGCAGGUAUUGUCGGCUUGAUGGGAUACUUGCCGUUGCCCGACAUCAUCCAAAAAUUACGAACCAAGGCAGGACUACCUCACGUGGUCGGUCAUGUUCCCAUGUUCUUGGGACGCGGAUCCGCGGAUAGAUUGAUUCCUCGAAGCAAAUGGACCGAAGGCUUGAACAAGCUGAAGCAGUUGGGCGUCGACGAUGGAGCCAUGGAAAUCAAGGAGUAUGAGGGCUUGGCGCAUGCGCUGUCACCUGCUGUCUUGCAGGACUUGAGCAAAUGGCUGGAAAGAGUUGUGCCACAGUUGGAGGAUUAA